GGAGGAAAGAAAGGAAAAGCUCAUUCCCAUGGAUACGUUGGUUCAAACACUUAUUCACUCUUUUAGUUUAAUCAUCGAGCACCUAGUGAAAGUUACAGUUGCAUAGAGCUCAGACUGGUGUUAAAGGUUUUUGGGAGGUUGCGAAAAUGGACAGAUGCAGGAAGAGAGGGGGCACUACAGUAACAGAUGGACUUAGAGGGAUUACAUGAUUCAGGAUGGGUUUGUGACAUAAAUUCCAAAGAAAGACAGAAAAGAGAGUAGAGGCGUGGAGACAGACGCUCAGUCGCUCCAUCCGUCUUGCAUCUCCGUCUCCAACUAUUGCCAGGAGGAUUAAAGAGACGAGUGCAGCUGGAGAGGUAAAGGGCCACUCCUGGAGGAGGAAUACUAGCGACAGAUGCAGAGGGUAAAGAUGAAGAGGUUAGUGACACGGAGAAUCGGUUCAAGAUGGAGCAAAUAAAACCAAGUUCUUAAGGAGAUUUUUAAGCGCUCUUGUACAAGGCGGACAUAACGGAGGACUGCAAGACGUGAAAGUGUUUUUCUGUGACGGCAACCUCAUGUUUGACCUGAAGUGGUACAAGGGACAAGAAACAUAUCUUAGGGUCUGUGAUCUGAUGGGGAGACAUUGCAUGAGAGAGAGACAGCAGACAUGGGUCCAGCAGUGGAGUUCAUGAUGAGCGGCAGGGUCAGGCCCGAGUGAGUUAAUAAUCAGGAAGCAGGAAGAUAUUAGCCGGGGUCACAGGAUAGCACACGUUACUUGCUCUUACAUAGCUCGUCUGGAGGACGUAUGUGUCCUCAGGCACUUUUAUGGCUCACUGAUAUUCAACAAAGCUAGAUGUCACCAUAUGGACACCCUGGUUUCAGCCUUUAUGUGCUCUAUUCAACAAUUUAAAGGUUUUUUUGGUACAGUCAUACUGAUCUAUUAAGUGCACACGCAAAUGGGUCUACAAGUGCUGAAGUCAGGGGAUGUAUGGCCACAAUCAUUCACCACAAGGACCAAUAGCAGGACAUCACAUUAACGCUGUCUGGCCAGCAUUCUGUUAUGUCCUUGCAUUUCUCCUAGAGUGAACCACCGUCCUCCUAAAUCCCUUCUUGUUCAUUUAUUUUGUUCCAUCUACCCUUUCCCACGUGAAUCAACUUUAGAGCAUCUUAUCCACCUCCCUCCCCUCUCGCUCUCGUUAUCUUCCUCUCUUUUAAUCACAUUGACUUUAAAGUAUCACCGUGUCAGCUUUGUUUUGUCAUCUUCUGCCUGUACUGUUACAUCAUAAUUAUCUUUCCAUUUAAACCUGGCAGCUCAUCACCUCUUUAAACCAGCCCAAAACAUCUGUGCCGCCCUCACGGCUCCAUCUGUGACUGCAGCCGUACCCUCUGUCCUGUUUGUCCUAUUCCAACGUGCAGCAUCUGCCCCAUCUUUGCCUUUCUUUCUCUCCCCCCCCUCUCUCUCUGUCCUCCCUCUGCCUCCCUCUUCUCCUGUGUGGCCAUGCUGGAGGGUAUGUCCCGUCGAUCUCGCUCCCUGCUCUCCCUGACCUUGACCACUCUGGCUCUGGCCCUCUCCAUCCUGGCUCUCUGCACCUCUUACUGGUGUGAGGGCACCCACAAGGUGGUCAAGCCACUCUGCCUGUCGCCCGUCAAAAUGAAGAACUGUGGUCAGAACAACAGCGAGCCUUACACCACAGAGAGUCCUACCCAGAACCCCUUCAACCGCACACUGUCUCCAGCCAGGAGGGACGAGCUGGCCAAGAUCAGACAGAGGCAGCUGGCCAACGCAGUUCAGUACAUCUGGGAGACGGGAGAAGACAAGUUUGCUUUUAGAUACUUCCACACUGGUUUCUGGGAAAGCUGUGAGAAACACAGCGAUGGGGAGAAGUGUCGAAGCUUUAUAGAGUUAACACCUGGAGAAACACAAGGUGUGCUCUGGCUCUCAGUGAUUUCAGAGUUUACGUACAUCGGUCUGCUGGGGAUGGGCUUCUUACUGAUGUGGCUGGAAGUCUUGUGUUCCAAAAAAGAGAUGCACUCGCUAAAAAUUAAUGCCUAUGCAGCUAUCUGUACUGUGUUAUCAGGUCUUCUUGGGAUGGUGGCCCAUAUGAUGUUCACCACAGUGUUUCAGAUGACAGUCAUUGUGGGCCCCAAAGACUGGAGGCCUCAGUCCUGGGACUACGGCUGGUCUUUUGCCCUUGCCUGGGUGUCCUUCAGUUGCUGUAUGGGGGCGGCUGUGGUCACACUCAACUCCUACACAAAGACCAUCAUCGAGCUCCGUCGCAAACAGAGGCUCCGUUUGGAGGAAGCAAGAGCCGCCACUCAUGCUCCUUCCUAUGACGAGGUCGUUCCAGGAGGCGGGCUCUACUCUGUCAGCGGCCUGUUGCAGUGUCCAGACGGCAUGAUCGACGUAGCGUGGGCCCCGAAUGGCAGUGUGGUUGGAGUGGGAAAUGGGGAUGUACCAACGCUGGUUUUGGUCGGAGGCUGUGGCUCAGAGGGGUGUGAAGACUGUGAGAGAGAGAUGGAUGAGAUGGAUGAGGCCAUGGACCGAGUUGAUUCACCUUGUUAAGGGAUUUUUUAUAUCCAUCAACUUAAAAGGCCUGAAAAACUGAAAAAGGAAAGAUGCUGUCACCGUGCUGAAGACGGAUCAACGUGAGCAAAUAGAUCCUGUUUUUCUUUUCUUUCACUAUGACUUUCAGUGAAGUUGGGAAAUAUUAAUUUGUGGUUGAAGGCCGGUCAAAUCAAUGCAUACCAAACUGCAAAGACUAUAGUAUAUAAAUAUGUCACACUGACAUGCAAGACUGCGUGUUUUCUGGGUAUUUCUCAGUGCCUCAUGCUAGGAAAGUAAAUGUGUGUCUCAAUAUGUAAAGGCAUAUACAUGUUUAAAUAAUUGUAUUGUUUAUAUAUCAACAUGCAAUGUAUAAGGACAACGAUCAUUUCACUGCUU